UCUAAAGACGAGCAAAAGCAAUACGGUUGAGGAAGGGUGAAAAUUACAAAUGGCUUCCGUUUUCAAUUUUUAAAGUAUCAUAAUUCUCUGUUGGAAUGGUUUUCUAAAUAAGACCAUCAGACAUUGUCGAGACGAACGUGUUCGAUUAGAUCGAGUCGCUAUUUCGCUAUCGUGUUUGAUUAGUCAUGGGCAUUCAAGACUUACAAACAUUUUUAGAAAAAGAAGGAGUAGGUGUUGAUCUUUUUCGAAUUGCCAGAAGUCAACCUGGUGGUUUCCGCCUAGUUUUGGAUGCUGAAGGCUGCCUAGACCGGCUUUAUGGAGGAUAUUUUUCAGAUUGGGCGUGUGGAGGCCAAUGGGCCCGAUGUGUUCAAUUUUUGACAACCUUGGCACAGGCUCUUGCUGAGCACCAAGUGUCCCUCUGUGUUUGCUUUAAUGGCGCUCAUCCAACACCUCCAGCAACUCCUCAACAAUGGAUCCAAGUUCAAGCAAUGUAUAGACAAAGAGUCAAUUUUGUGCUUCGUCAUAUUGCAACUAAGGGAACGCCUCCACCUAAGGUUUGGUGGGUCCCACCAACAGGUCUACACUCCUGUCUAAGAACUGCCUUGCGUUACCUCAAUAUUCCUAUUAUGGUAUCUUCAGAUGAUCAUUGUCAAGAAGUCGUUGGUUUAUGCCGUGAGAAAACUUAUGCUGGCCUUAUAGGGUGUUCCGGGGAAUAUUUAGUAUUUCAACCUCCAAGAUAUUUUAGCUCAUCACUGUUGAAACUUACAUACAGGUCAUCCCUAGAAACAAAAGAGUACAUGGUGCAUGACUUGCCACAAGUGCUGGAUGUACCACAAGAUCGUCUCUGUCUCAUGGCGGCUCUUCUAGGCGGCACAAUACUUUCCGAACACAGUCUCACAGAUUUCUACAAACGCUUGGGAAUACAAAAAAAGCCUGGAAAUGAGCAAUUAACCACAACGGAUAAUACCGAUCAACAAGUGUCUCCUGAGACAUUAGUCAAGAGUGUGUGUCAAUUUGUGUGCCAACUGCCUUCAUCAGAUAUUGAUACUGCUUGUAUUGAGAUCUUCGGUGAUCUCAAUGAUCUUCGUGCUGCCAAACUUAAACAAGCAGUACAAUAUUACUUAAAUGGAACUAAAGAUGGCUUUUUGAAAUACAGAACUGCAUCUGGUCGCCGCCCUAAGACAACCAAAAAGAAUAAACCAGAAAUUAGUCCACAAUCAACAUCUAUGGACUUGGAUACUUCUAAGCUGGCGACUGAAUCAACUGAACAUGAGCAAAAAGGCUUGGAAGAUUACAAAUUGGCAACAGCAAAUGCGUCAAUAAAUGCGGACUUUAGCAUCGAAGACCAGAAUGUCGACGUGAAUCAUGGUUUAGCGGCGCUUUCUUUGGACGGCGGCGACGCGAACACUGCGACCACCCAGCAGCCGGAGAAACAAGCUAAUAAAACUGAAAAACAACCUGCUAUGAAAGAGAACCGACCGACUGUGAAUAAACAAAUUCAAAACGACGACAACUGUCCUUCAGCUCCAGCCGAAGUGUUGCGAACAUGUGCAGAAAGACAUGCACGCGGCCUUAUGCAUCCGAGCAUGCUUUCAAUUCUCACGCACCGCCAUAUCACUCUCAAUGUUGUAUUGGAAGACGACAACCACCGUGAAAUACCAUCUAUUCAUCAUUUCUACAGACCAAUAAGGCAAAAUGUGUAUGCUAUUCUAUACAACAUGCAUCAUCAUCGCUUUAUGGCCCAAAGGGCUAAAGAGGAGGGCACAACCAGUACUUCUACUACCGUCGACCGUGUCUGUACCGUACAAGUGGCUGAAUGGAUUUAUUCCCGAGUGAAUCCUGGCAAGAGCCCUGAGAUGGUGCCUGGAGUUGUCCUUGAUUGGCCAGUACCCACGGUUCAGCGGCUUUGGUUCGGAACGGCGCAGGAUGAUAAAUGCCGACGUAUGCGUGCUUUUCUGUCUUGUAUGCGAUCCGACACGCCACUGAUGUUGAACACUUCUUAUGUGCCUCAACAUUUGCUAAUAUUAGCAACUGUAAUGAGGUUCAUAAUGACAUCGCAAAUUCAGAUUUUGAGGCGACAAGAGUUGGAUGCGUUUUUGGCUACAGCUUUUUCCAAUGAUCUCAUGAAUGCCCUUCAUUUGCAGGAAAUGACCGUGAACGGCAUAAACUCCCGCGGAGUUCAGCUGGCUGCGUUGGUGAUGGCGGGCGCGGAGGCGGCUCUGCUGGCCAACGACGCGUGCGGCGCGCCCGUGCCCUGGCUGGUGGCCGCGCCCUGGCUCUACUGCGACGGGAAGCUGCUGCAGCGCAACCUGCACCGCGCCGCGCACUGCAAGCACCUCGCGCAGCUCUGCGACAACCUCGACAUCGUCGUGAAGGUGGAGCGCAUGCGCAAGGCGAUCCUGGAGGGGCUGGAGGUGGAGUUCGCGAUGCCGCCGCUGCCGCUGGUGGCGGGCGUGGUGGGCGGCCCGCUGGGCGGGUGGGCGCGCGGCCGCGGCCGGCCCGCGCGGCUCGAGAUCGCCGGCGUCGUCGUCGGCCAGUGGGGCGGCGGCAGCUACCCGCCCGCCAGACACGCGCGCUACCCGCAGGUGAGCUAUGUGGGGUACACGCCGCCGCCGCGCAACUCGUACGGCGCGCGCGGCGGAUGGCGCGGCGGGCGCGGGGCCCGCGGGGCGCGGGGCGCGGCGCGAGGGCCCCGCGGGCGGCCGGCCGGGCCCGCGCCCCGCGCGCCCCGCCGCCCGCGCCGCGACCCCGCCGACGAGCCCGCCAAGCCCGCCACGCUCACGCUCAACGGUAAAACUGUGAGACCAGACGAGAUGACCUCACAGGUUGCCGAAGGAAGCCCACAGGAGGACAAUGGCGCUGUUGACAAUGAAGCAGAUGGUUCACAGGGUCAGAAAAUAAAGACUGCAAAAAAUUUAAAAAAGAAUGUUGGUAAAGGAAAAAAGAAGGCUGCAGGCCCCAACCAAAAAGCGAAUGGUGCCCAAACGUUGGAGCUAUAUGACAAUAAUAAGGUGGCGGAGCAAAGCCACAAAUCUGAUACGGAGCAAAUCGGGCAAGGCGACGCGCCUGUUACUAAUUUACCCUAAAGGUAACUCGCAUUUUUAUUUGUAGUUAGUAUAUAAAUUAUAUACGAAAACUUCAUUUAAAUUACCAGUAAUUUUAUUUUAUUUGAGGAAAGUUUGUUAAACAACAUGAUUAAUAUUACUUAAUUUGCUAGUGACUACAGAAUAAUUCCAAUAUGCUACGUGAUUUGUAAUAAAAUAAAUAGCAACAUUUGCAAAUAUUCACUAGCGUUUAUUGAAGUAAAUAAACACCAAUUUGUAAUAUAUGACACCAGAAUACCAUUACUUUUGCACGUACUUGGGUUGCAUAAUAAAUUUGUAAACGGAAAAAUAACCAAUCCAAUCAGAGAUUAGUUAUUAUCUGUAAGGUGGGUAUUUUCCAUCUGACAUUAAGUAUACGUGCCUGAAGAUCUAAAAGACUUCCCAAUUUUGAGACUGAUUUUAUAUUACUUUAAUUGGCACAUUCAGUGUU